AUGAAUAACACCUCGGUGGCGCUGUUAAUCAUUCCAUCGGUGCUCUCCACAUGGAAUUCAUUACAAACGUGCACAUCACUUAUCUGCGUUGCCGUGUAUAUUUUAAACGGAUUUCUUCUUUAUUUGUUCCUCCGUCGCCGAUAUCUCCGCACAGUCUUCAGCAUCUACAUCCUAACGAUCACCAUCAGCCAGAUUCUCAAUGCAGUCUUCCAGAAUCCAUUACUCUUUGUUGUACGGGAUUAUGUUGUCCAUGGCAAAGGUGAUACCUUCUGUAUGGUAUACUUGUAUUUAAAGCAAACCAUCGGCACAUCUUUACCAUCGUUCCACAUGCUGGUAGCAUUAAACCGCAUUUGGGCGCUGUGCUAUCCUAUGUCUUACCGGCAUCGGCACACCAAGAAGCUCGCUGGGGUUCUCUGUGCCGGUACAUGGUUAUUCAUCCACGUGGUCGUCGUACCGGGUCUGUUCAUGGAAGGUCUGUACUUCCGUACUCGGCAAAAUAAUUUUCUAUGUACAUUCAGCACCGGCGACCCGAAAAUGGAGUACUGGAGUAUCACGGUGACGAUUACGCUCAGUAUCGUGCCGGAAGUGGUAAUUUUACUCUUCUAUCCCUUUGCAUUAUGGAAACGGCGGCAACGCCGUAAAAAAAUAAAAGAAAUCACGCUGAGGUCUAGCACUGAUGAAGCGAGAGGAUCCACAAAGUCGGUGCAUUCGUUUAUGGUGUUGACACUGUUGACCGUUAGUACAACUGUGUGCUGGACGCCGACCAACGCGUAUUUUGUGGCGAUGAAGUAUUUUCCGAAUGUGACGUUUAUGGAAGCAGCUGUGACCCUUAAGCUACUGCAUACGGCCGUGGAUCCCGUGUUGUUUAUUGUGGCGUGGAGUGAUCUACGACAGGCCGCCAGAGAUGCUGUACAAUGGGGUGUGCGAAAAGUGCCGGAAGCUGUCAAAAGAUAG